GCACCCCCAGACCUCUGCACUCCCUUCCUGCAGCUCUUUGCCAUCUUUGCUUUUGGGGCGUGCGGUUCUUUCAGCGGUGAGAGCGGGGCCACGGUGAAGUGCAGCAGUGAAACCAAAGAGAUGAGUGCCGUUUCUGUGCAGUUCGGGUACCCGUUCAGGUUGUACCAGAUCCCCUUCGAGAUGCCGGAGUGCGAUGGCGAUCCGGAGCUGCGCAUGGUGCACCUGGUGGGCGACUUUUCUGCCCCCGCCGAGUUCUUUGUGACCCUGGGGUCGUUCUCCUUCCUCUACGCCAUGGCGGCUCUGGUGCUCUACCUGCGCUUUCCCCUUUACGCCGACAACAAGAAGCUCCCGUUCACGGACUUCUGCGUCACCGUCUGCUUCGCCUUCUUCUGGCUGGUGGCGGCG